AAAAAAUGUUGGCUUUGCCUCUGUGACCAAACACAUCGGGCUGCUUUUUGCUCUUAUUCCGGAUUAGGGUUAACUCUUUGGCAAUCACAAUUCACAGAGUUUUCCUAGGCGCCAACCAAGCUUGCAAAUCAGUCUCGGGGGACAAGCAGAAAUGGGUAGCCAAACCACUACAACUAAUGAUCGCUCGAGGACAUAUUGGACACCAACAAUGGAACGAUAUUUCAUCGAUCUUAUGUUGGAGCAGAUGCAUAGAGGUACAAGGAUUGGCCACACUUUCAACAAGCAGGCCUGGACAGAUAUGCUAACCGUGUUCAAUGCGAAGUUUGGCUCUCAAUAUGACAAAGAUGUUUUAAAAAGUCGUUAUACAAAUUUGUGGAAGCAAUUCAAUGAUGUAAAGAAUCUUCUUGGCCAGAGUGGGUUUUCCUGGGAUGAAGCCCGUCAAAUGGUGGUAGCGGAUGAUUAUGUUUGGGAUGCUUACAUCAAGGCUUAUCCCGAUGCACGAUUCUACAAAACCAAGGCAGUGCUGAAUUUUAGUGAUUUAUGCUUGAUAUAUGGAUAUACAACUGCUGAUGGAAGAUACAGCCUUUCAAGUCAUGAUAUAGACAUUGAUGAUGAAGUGCAUGGAAUUAAUAUUGGGGAUGGAAUGGGCAGCCUUGCUUCACAGAGUAAUGAGCGUUUAAGAACAGAUUGGACAACAGCCAUGGACCAAUAUUUUAUUGAGCUUAUGUUGGACCAAGUAGGGAAAGGCAAUAAGACUCUUAGCACUUUCAACAAACAAGCAUGGACGGAGAUGCUUACCUUGUUCAAUGCAAAAUUUGGUCCUCAACAUGGCAAAAGAGUUUUGAGACAUCGAUACAAAAAAUUGCGGAAGUACUAUAGUGAUGUAACAUUUCUUCUAAAACAAGAUGGUUUUUCUUGGGAUGAAACACAAAGAAUGAUUGUAGCUGAUGACAAUGUUUGGGAUGCUUAUACAAAGGCACACCCGCAUGCUCGAACAUAUAAAACCAAAGCCUUGCCAAACUAUUGUGAUUUGACGCUAAUAUUUGGCAAUGACAUUGACAAUGGGAUCAGUAGUCAAACGCAUCAAGAGAAAAACCUUGAAGAUGACAUAUCACUAAUAAAACCAUAUGAAAGAAAGGGAGCUCAAACCUCCACUGUUGGGGAUCGUACAAGGACAUACUGGACACCACCAAUGGACCGCUAUCUUAUUGAUUUGUUGUUAGACCAGGUGCAUAGAGGAAAUAAACUUGGGCAGACAUUCAUAUGUCAGGCUUGGAUUGACAUGGUUACAGCUUUCAAUGCUCAAUUUAGAUCUUGUCAUGACAAAGAUGUUCUGAAAAAUCGAUACAAACAUUUGAAGAGGCAGUAUAAUGACAUAAAGAUUCUUCUUGAGCAUAGUGGGUUUUCUUGGGACGAAACACGUGAAAUGAUAUCAGCUGAGGAUUAUGUUUGGGAUGCUUAUACCAAGGAUCACCCUGAUGCUCGAUCAUAUAGAGUUAAAACAGUGCCAGGCUAUCACAAACUAUGUGUUAUAUUUGGAGAAGAAAGUUCUGACGGAAGAUAUAGCCGUUUGGCACGCAAUGCUGACCAUAUGAAUGAUUUACCUGUUUUGAUGUCAGGUGAGGAUAAAAUUGAUAGGUACCCUGCCAGUAUUGUUCCUUUAAGUAUAGAUUGGACUCCCCAAAUGGAUUGCUAUUUUAUCGAUCUUAUGUUAGAGCAGACGCAUGAAGGAAAUAAGGUUGAUCACACAUUUAAUGAGCAAGCAUGGACCCAGAUGCUUGUAUUAUUUAAUCAAACAUUUGGACUUCAAUGUGAUAAAUGUUUUCUAGAAGAUCGAUAUAUGUGCUUGAGAAAACAGUAUGAUGACAUCACCAAUCUUCUCAACAUUGGUGGGUUUGCAUGGGAUGAAACCCAACAAAUGGUAACUGCAGAUGAUGAAGUUUGGGAAGCCUGCAUUAAGGAAUACCCAGAGGCUAUCUCAUAUAAGAAUACAUGUCUUAGCAAUUAUAGUGAUUUGUGUAAGAUUUGUCAAAACGGAGUAUUAGAUGAAAGGUUAUGUGGUCAGGUUGCAGAAAUCGCAACAUGUCAGGAUGUAGUGGUGGAAACUGGGGAUGAAGCGGUGGAAAUAGAGAUGGAUGGAACAUCUGGCUAUCUUGAAUUAUCAGCUGAGGACUUUCAUAUAACCCACCAACAGAAAAGAGGGCCAACUGAGGUGUUAUCAGACUUGAGACAUUCGAGAAAAGCACAUAAAACUGAUAAUAAUAUGCAAAAGGCUCUGUCUGAGAUGGCUGGCAUGGUCACAGAAUUCAUAAAUAAGAAAGAGAACAAGAACUUUAAACCGAUAGAAGGUGCAAUUGAUGCACUUCAAGCUAUACCAGAUAUCGAUGAUGAGCUUUUAUUAGAUGCUUGUGAUCUUUUAGAAGAUGAGAGAAAAGCAAAGACAUUCUUGGCACUGGACGUAACACUACGAAAGAAAUGGUUACUAAGAAAGCUUCGUUCCUAGUCAGUUAAGAUUAUGGUUUUCCAAAGUGCGACAUUGGUUUUGAAAAUUUGUCUCACUUCCGAGUGUCUACAGUCUUAGACUGGGUUAGGUCUAUCUCCUUUUACUAUUAUUGGUUACCCUUUUCAUUCAGGAGUUUGAUAGAAGGAAGUUGUGAACUCGUUUUGCUGGACCAGUGCAAAGUUCCUUGAAAUAGUAUAGUCUUAUUACUAAUUUAAUCA